UAGCCGUCGCCGGUUCAACCACAAUCGAGCCGCCAAUCUCCAUCAUGCGGCCAGCGCCGGCGCUCGCCGGCGGCGGAAGGACGCUCGCGAGCAUGCUCUCCUCCACGGAAUGGAUGCUUCCCUCCCCGGCCACCCAAGUCCACACGAUCUCCGUCCUCCCAUCGCACUCUCAGUCACCGUCCGCUGCUCCCCAGUUCGCCUUCUCCAACCUCACCACCGCGUCCAAGAGCAGCGGCGGUAAAGGGGACGAGCAGGGGAGCCCGAGAUUCCGCGUGGUUCGGGACGACCUUCUCCACCCCCUCGCCAACGGUAACAAGGCCCGCAAGCUCGACGCCCUCCUGCCGCUCCUCCGCCGCCGCGGCGCCACCGACGUGGUAACAUGCGGGGGCUGCCAGAGCGCCCAUGCGGCAGCCGUCGCGGUCCAUUGCACAGAGUGGGGAAUCAGGCCACACCUACUGCUGAGGGGAGAGAAGCUAGAUAUCCCGACGGGAUACAAUUUGAUCUCGUUGAUGUUUGGCAACGUCACGUAUGCCUCUCGUUCAGUAUAUGCACAUCGAGAUGAGAUGCUUUAUGAGCACGCCAAAACAGUAGCUGGUACGAGCGGUACCGUGUUGUGGGCUGAUGAUAUUGUCAGAGAGGAUUUGGCUGUGGAUGAAAACAAUGGCUGUGACAAUGAUUCAAGAAGAGUAGUGAUUGUUAAGGAAGGGGCUGGUACUGUUCAAGCCCUAUUAGGUGUUAUGAGGCUAGUGGAGCACCUCUCUAACUUUUCAUCAUUUCAAAAAGACGAGGAAGUCCAAAUCGUUGUGGAUGCUGGGACAGGCACAACAGCUGUGGGGUUAGCUCUUGGAGCAGUAUGUCUAGGACUUCAUUGGAGGGUAACUGCUGUCAUGCUUGCGGACACACUUGAAAGAUAUAAGGAACAUGAGAAGUCCCUGAUAUCUGAUUUUAAAGAGCUUUGCCAUGAAGGCUGUCGUGACACGGUAUGGACAGAUGGUCUAGUUCAUUGGGUGGAUCGCUUUUCGCCAAGAAGAUUCGGCAAGGUGUUGAGUGGUGAAAUCGCAACGUGCCGCCAGAUCGCUCAGCAAACGGGCAUCCUGCUUGACCCCGUGUACACCUUGUCUGCCUGGGAGCAAGCCGUAGAUCUAUGCAGCGGAGACAAGAGAGGAACCAAAGUUGCCAUGAUCCACACGGGCGGAACCCUCGGCCUGUUCGGACUCGCGCAGAGGUAUCCCCAACACUUCGGCGCAAACGAGCAAUCCUGUAUUCUGCACGCGCGCCCCGACGUGCCAUGCCGCUCGACGCGCGUCCCUUUGUGGUGUUUGUUUGUUUUUGCAACCGCAGAAUCCCACAAAAAAGUGCCAGCAACGGAUAAACAGAGAUCGGCACGCUCGCCGGCCGCCACACACGUCUCGUCGUCCUGCACACACGGUACGGCGCCACCAAUGGCAGCGGCGUCGGCGGAGGACACCACGGCGACGUUCCGGCGCGUGUACGAGACCCUCAAGGCCGACCUUCUCCGGGACACCUCCGUCAACUUCAACGAGGACGCUGUCCAAUGGCUCGACGGUAUGUUGGACUACAAUGUGCUUGGUGGAAAGUUUAACCGUGGCUUGGCUGUUAUUGAGAGCUAUAAAUUGUUGAAAGCUGGAUCUGAACCGAGUGAGGAGGAAGUGUUCCUUGCCUGUAUCCUUGGCUGGGGCAUUGAAUGGCUCCAGGCUUAUUUUCUAGUUCUUGAUGAUAUUAUGGACAAUUCUCGAACUAGGCGAGGAAAGCCUUGUUGGUAUAGACUUCCAAAGGUUGGCCUCUUUGCUAUAAAUGAUGGACUUGUCCUUCGCAGCCAAAUUUCACAGAUCUUUAAGCGUUAUUUUUACGGAAAAACUUACUAUGUUGACCUUCUAGACUUAUUCAACGAGAUCGAGUUUAAGACAACUUCAGGCGAGUUGUUAGACCUAAUUACAACAAAUGAAGGGCGGGAAGAUCUGAGCAAGUAUACUUUGGAAGUUUACCAACGCAUUGUAGAAUACAAAACAGCUUACUAUUCAUUCUAUUUGCCGGUCGCUUGUGCGCUGCUAUUGUCUGGUUGGAGUUUGGGUGACUAUGUUAAAGUGAAGCACAUCCUAGUUGAAAUGGGUGUUUAUUUCCAAAUUCAGGAUGAUUAUCUCGACUGUUUUGGUGAUCCAGAAGUUAUGGGCAAGAUCGGAACUGACAUCGAAGAUUUCAAGUGCUCUUGGCUAUUUGUUCAAGCACUCGAGCGCAUCGAUGAGAAGCGAAAGGACAUCUUAUUUGAGAAUUAUGGGAAAUCAGAUGCUGCUUGUGUCGCAAAAGUGAAGGAUCUGUAUAAAGAGCUCAAUCUCGAGAGCGUGUUUUCUGAGUAUGAAACGGAGAUUUAUGAAAAGAUGAUAUCAGACAUUGACACACAGCCAAAUGAAGCACUACAAGCAGUAUUGAAAUCCUUUCUGCACAAGAUCUACAGAAGGAGAAAGUAGUGAUAUUCUUGCGUAGAAAGAGUUAUGGCUUCUUUGUCCCUGGUUAUGGACUUGGGGAAGUUUACUUCUGUGCUUAACCUCUGAGGAACAUGUGUCCAUAAACAAAGAAGACUGUCUCAGGCAAGAUGACUGGUACCAUGUGAAAAUAUUUGUUUCUUGUUUGUAUCCAAUGGCUAAGAGCUUAUAUGUAACAACUUCUUUUCAUA